GAUUCCCGCGGGGUCCCGCGGGGUCCCGCGGGGAUCCCCGUCACGGGGACGGGGCGGGGAGGAAUAUUUCUCCCCGCGGGACGGGGAUGGGGGAGAUUUUCUCCCCUCCUCACCUCACUCACGUCGCAGACAGCCUCACAGCCCCUCACUCACUCUUGGUUUCAGCCGGCCAAUCAAGCUCUCAAGUCUCACCUCACCUUCAACCUUCCUCUCCCCUUCUUGCUGCUACAGAUCUACUGCAAAUCUGCUGUUGGAGCUGCUACAAAUAUGCUGCUGAAGCUGUUGCAGAUCUGCUCCUGGAGCUGCUGUCAAAGCUGUUAGCUGCAGCCUACAGAUCUGCUGGAGUUCAUCCUGCUGCUUGCUGCACUGUGCCGAGCUUCCUCUCUGCUGCUUGCUGCACUGUGCCGGACUUGCUCUCUGCUUGCUGCACUGUGCCGGACCCUCUCUGCUUGCUGCACUACACCGGACUUGCUCUCUGCUUGCUGCACUGUGCUGGACCCUCUCUGCUUGCUGCACUGCACCGGACUUGCUGCCUGUGCUGGACUUGCUGCCUGUGCCGAACUCUGCUUGCUGCCUGUGCCGGACUCUGCUUGCUGCACUGUGCCGGACCCCUCUCUGCUUGCUGGACUGCACUGGACUUGCUCUCUGCUUGCUGGACUGCACUAGACUUGCUCUCUGCUUGCUGCACUGUGCCGGACUUGCUCUCUGCUUGUUGCCCUGUGCCGGAUUCCCUCUCUGCUUGCACUCCCUCUUGGCAUCCAACGGUAAGAACAGAUCUCUAGUUUUGAGUUGGUUCUUGGCUGCUUCCCUUCAUGUUGGAUUGUAAAAAUACUUGUAUCAUGUAGACUAACUCUCUGUCUUCGAGAUGAUGUUUCUGUCCAUCUGUUUAGACAAUGUUGGGCUAUGUUCUGUUAUUGUUGACUGCAGCGUGUGUCCAUCUGUUUAGACAAUGUUGGGCUAUGUUCUGUUAUUGUUGACUGCAGCGUGCAUGUUCUUUUGUAGAUCCUAGAUUAUUAUUUAUAUAUUUCUGUUGAAUCCAUCAUUUAUUCUCUUCAUUGUAUCAAGAAGGGGUGUCUAAUCCUUUAAUUAUAAGAAGACCUAUUAUUCCCAGGAACACAUGUAUCUUCACUGCAUAUCUUUCUGAGAAUUUUUGAAGUCUCAGAUAGCUAUAAACGAACCUUGUUUCCCAGGCCUCUAUUAUCUACUUGCUUAUAAAAGUGCAUUGCAGUU